UUCUGUGGGGAACAUCAGGAUAGCUGCGAAACUGGUGGCAUUUGGGGCCUACGUGGACAACAUCAGAAAGGAUAUCCUGUUAGAAAUUAGCAAUGCUGCCAAGGAAGAUGAACAACACAUGAGCAACACAUCAUUAAAGAAUGAAGAAGAUGAAGGCAAAGUUGAUGACAUGGAAAAUAAAUGCCGAGGAAAAGAGGAAAGCAACGAAGAAACUACUGCAUCUCAUGAAAAUGUUCCCGAAGAAGAGCAUACUAAGAAACUCCACGUGAAAACACAACUUGAAACAGAUAUGAUACCACCAGAUAUGGAACUGAAUGGUUCAAAGGAUGAAAAUGUGCACAUCCAAUCCUCCAAAUGUGAACAGCUGUCAAAGGAAAUGGGUGUCCUCAAAGAGGAGUUACGGCUCAUGAGAAGCACAUAUGAGUCACAGACAGAAGAAUUUGCAAAGCUGACUCAUAAACUAUACAGGGCAAAACUUCAGACCAAGCGAUACAAAGAAAUCUCUAAGGUUUCUGCUGCCUCAGAGAAUCUGCAGAUGGGCAAAUAUCAACAGCUGGAAGAAGAAAAUAAUUUCCUCAAAGAGCAGUUACAGUCCCUGCAAAGCAAAAACGAUUCACUGGCUGAGGAGAAUACAAAGCUGAAGGAAGACCAAAAACAUCUUACUGAGAGUUGCAAGUGUACCAUAGCUAUGACAGAACAGUACAGAAUAUUCCUCACACAAAAAACGGAAAGCGAAAUAAGUGAACAAGCAGAAAAAGUGUCCAACUUUAUACAGGAGCAGAACAGAGCUCGAGCAUAUCAGGACGCUGUUUGGACAUCGACAGUGCAAGCACAACUCUCUAAAAUCUCCCAGCUAUCAAAUAAAUUACAGGAAUGUGAAAGAAAGAUUAAGAGACUGGAGGAUGAAAAUUGUAAGCUUCAUCUAAGAGUUCAUCUGUGUCAAACAUCGUCUGAAACUUUUACUACCAGGAAUAGCUUAAACAACCCUACUGAGAGAAAUUCUCAGAGUUUUCUGGGACCUCGGACGCAUUUUUCAUCAAGAGAAGACUAUGCGGAUUUGAGCCCAAGACUAAGAUCUGCAUUUGAGAAGGUGGACGCCUUCCUGAGAAAACUUUAG